CCCUUCCCUGCACAGGGCAAGGCUGGUGACAGCCCCUAGAUAUUUAAAGAGGAUGAGAGCCCCCCUUACUCAGUUGAGCAGACACAGACCAUACAGACAGACUUCACCUUGAUCAGGGAGUCUUCAAGAUGCCAAACUGGGGUGGAGGAGCCAAAUGUGGAGCCUGUGGAAAGACCGUCUACCACGCGGAAGAGAUCCAGUGCAAUGGGAGGAGUUUCCACAAGACCUGCUUCCACUGCAUGGCCUGCAGGAAAGCUCUCGACAGCACCACGGUGGCAGCCCAUGAGUCAGAGAUCUACUGUAAGACCUGCUAUGGGCGCAGGUACGGGCCCAAGGGCAUCGGGUUUGGACAAGGCGCUGGCUGCCUGAGCACAGACACAGGAGAGCACCUCGGCCUCCAGUUCCAACAGUCCCCAAAGGCUGCACGCUCAGCCACCACCAGUAACCCUUCCAAGUUCACUGCAAAGUUUGGGGAGUCAGAGAAGUGCCCUCGAUGUGGGAAGUCAGUCUAUGCUGCUGAAAAGGUCAUGGGAGGUGGCAAGCCUUGGCACAAGACCUGUUUCCGCUGUGCCAUCUGUGGGAAGAGUUUAGAGUCCACGAACGUCACUGAUAAAGAUGGGGAACUUUACUGCAAAGUUUGCUAUGCCAAAAAUUUUGGCCCUACAGGCAUUGGAUUUGGAGGACUUACACAACAAGUAGAAAAGAAAGAAUGA